AUUUCGGGGUGUCAUUACGCUGUUUUUUUUCCCUCCGCAGUACAAAUACAUAACUGUUGUGGCGUGGGGGGCACCUUUUCACGUGGUAGAAAAUGAAGCGGCCGCUUUAAGAGAAGAGAGUUGAUCUGGGGCUGGCGGCUCGGGUCGCAUGAUAGCGGUGGUCUUGUUUGCGCCUGUUGAUGAUGUCGCGGCGGCGCCCUAAAGAGGAUUGGCUAAGGCUGGUGACUGCUUGAUGAGACAUCACCCUCCCAGGAACGAGGCGGAAGUGUGGAGGACUCCGAGGGGCGGAGGCGGGAGAGGCAAGGCUGCGAUGAGUGGUCUCGGCAGACUCUUCGGGAAGGGGAAGAAGGAGAAGGGGCCAACCCCUGAAGAAGCAAUACAGAAAUUAAAGGAGACAGAAAAGAUACUGAUCAAGAAACAGGAGUUUCUGGAGCAGAAGAUUCAGCAGGAGCUACAAAUGGCCAAGAAGCAUGGGACCAAGAAUAAGAGAGCUGCCCUACAGGCUUUGCGGAGAAAGAAAAGAUUGGAACAGCAGCUGGCACAAACUGAUGGGACGUUAUCCACCCUGGAAUUUCAACGUGAGGCCAUUGAGAAUGCCACCACCAAUACAGAAGUCCUUCGUACCAUGGAGCUUGCUGCUCGAGGCAUGAAGAAGGCCUACCAGGACAUGGACAUUGACAAGGUAGAUGAACUGAUGGCUGACAUCACAGAACAACAGGAGGUGGCCCAGCAGAUCUCAGAUGCCAUUUCUCGGCCUGUGGGCUUUGGAGAUGAUGUGGAUGAGGAUGAACUGUUGGAGGAGCUAGAGGAACUGGAGCAAGAGGAACUGGCCCGAGAGUUGUUAAACGUGGGCAACAAGGAGCAAGAACCCCCAGUCAGAUUGCCAAGUGUACCCUCUACACAUCUGCCUGCAGGGCCAGCUCCCAAAGCUGAUGAAGACGAAGAAGCACUAAAGCAGUUGGCUGAGUGGGUAUCCUGAUGAGUCUGGGCUAGUAGUCUUAAUGCUGCCUUUCUUGGCCUCUUUUCCUUAAGUGCCAAGUGCUAAGCUAAAGGAAGCUUUGUGGGAAGGUCCUGCUGAAGGUAGCGCUGUGAACCUGUUUGAGAAAGGGGUUUGUUGCCCUCCCAACCCUGGCUCCAAUGCUGAAAAACCUUAACUGUAAAAGGAGCCCCUGGGCUCCCUUCUCUUUGACAGCACUUUUACUGCCCUUGUUCUCAAUAAAAUUGGGCAG